AUGGUCAUCAACAGCGAUCCUUUUAAGGAUCGAAGGAGGUGGAGAAACCGGGGCAAGACCAUUCAAGAAAGCUCCGCCGCCGCAGUCGCAGACUCUGAUUUCAUCUAUCUCGCAGUCUCCCUUCCAGAAGAAAUCAUUUCAGACAUCCUAAUCAAACUUCCAGUCAAAUCACUCAGCCGAUUUAAAUCCGUUUGCAAAUCCUGGCGCAUUUUGAUAUCUGAUCCAGCAUUUGUUAAAGCCCAUCUGAAAGGUAACAUGCAAAACAAGGAUCAUGCAAGCCAUAAGCUUAUUAUGAAAACUGCUUUGCUUCAUUUUGAUGUGAAAUUCUGUUCUAUGUCAUCUGUUAUGAAUGGAGAAUCAUCUAUUACAGGACUCAAUUAUCCAUGGGUGAACCCACACCGAUCUGUUCGGAUAAUUGGUUCAGUUAACGGGUUGGUUUGUCUGGUUUGUCAAAGUUUGCUUUCAGGGGAAGCUUCCUUAUAUGUAUGGAACCCGUGUACUGGAAAGGCUAAGAGACUGCCUAGUUAUGGUACUGAAACAGAUGUUGGUCGAAUUGUUUCAUAUGGGUUUGGAUAUGAUGAAGUUAAUGAUGAUUAUAAGUUGGUUGUUAUUUACCUUUUAAGAACUAGUAGUAGUAUAGAAUGGAAUUUUAGGCCUGAAGGAAAGAUUUAUGGGUUAAAGAGUGGUUCGUGGAGUAGGAUUGAGAAUGUAUAUAAAAGGACUCGGGUGUAUGCUUUGUGUACUUAUGUGAGUGGAUCGCUUAACUGGGAAGCAGCUGAUGGCCUUAUUGCCUCUUUUGAUUUGUCGAAAGAAACCUGGUCUGUAAUCUCACGACCCGUUUAUUUGAACGAGGAGAGGGCUAUUUGGGGUUUAAAUAUAGGGAAUUUAGAUGGAAAACUAUGUCAACUAUUUUACCUUGAAGAGAUGAUGAAAAUUGAUUUAUGGGUAAUGAAGGAGUUUGGAAAAGUAGAGUCCUGGUUGAAGAUGUAUUCAAUACCUUAUCAAUGUGAGAUAGAUGCUUUCAAGUAUUGUGCAUUCUUGAUUAUUUUCAGCAAGAAUAAAGUGCUUAUGUUGAUUGGUUCGGAUUUGAUGUUGUAUAAUCUUGAGACUAAGACUGUUACACAACCCGACAUUCAAAAUAUCAGCAAUUUCCUUGAUGUGGCAACUUAUGUUGAGAGUCUUGUCUCACCUGAUGAUGCCAGCAACAAAUCAAUAUCUGAGUUGGCUGAUGAAGAUAUAAAUUAUGCUGUCAGACUCAGAUGAAUGAAUACAAGUGAAGAUCAUGAAUCAUUGAAGUUGGGUAUUUGGCUUGAAGUCUUUCAUACAAAAUGGCUGUGGAAAAUCUCUCUUUUCAAAUUGAGAUGUGU